CCCGCCCGGUCGCGGCCGCGCGCUGCGGGGGGAGGAGCCCUGCGGCAGGCUUCGGCGUGGCUCACUCUGUUUCUUUCCUUCCCGGGGACUUGGGGGACAGCCGGCCGCUGGCGUCCCCGGAGCGCGGGGUUUCCGGCCAGGCGGCCCCGGGCGGCCCCGCAGAGGCCGGCUCGGCAUGGCCCUGGUGCCCUACGACGAGGCCGCGCGGCCGGCGCUCCCGAAGUUCCACGAGCCCUUCGCCACCUUCCGCUUCGCCGGCCACACCGUCCGGGUCCGUCAGGACUGGAGGCAGCUGGGGGUCGCAGCGGUGGUUUGGGACGCGGCCGUCGUUCUGUCCACGUACCUGGAGAUGGGCGCUGUGGAGCUCAGGGGCUGCUCUGCCGUGGAGCUGGGGGCCGGCACGGGGCUGGUGGGCAUCGUGGCUGCCUUGCUGGGUGCUCAUGUGACUGUCACGGAUCGAAAAGUAGCAUUAGAAUUUCUUAAAUCAAACCUUCAAGCCAACUUACCUCCCCAUGUCCAAACCAACACUGUUGUUAAGGAGCUGACUUGGGGACAAAAUUUGGAGAGUUUUUCACCUGGAGAAUUUGACCUGAUACUUGGAGCUGAUAUCAUAUAUUUAGAAGAAACAUUCACAGAUCUUCUUCAAACGCUGGACUAUCUCUGUAGUCACCACUCUGUGAUACUUUUAGCUUGCCGAAUUCGCUAUGAACGGGAUAACAACUUCUUAGUGAUGAUGGAGAGGCAAUUUACUGUGAGUAAGGUUCACUAUGAUCCCGAAAAAGAUGUCCAUAUUUACAAAGCACAGAAGAGAAGCCAGAGGGAGGACUUAUAGUUGGGUAUAAGGAUAUUGGCCCUAAAAAGGUCAGUUAAGAUCUUAGACUGGGAAUCUAACCAUAUUUCAUGAGGUGGCUUAGUCUGUCUAAAGAAAGGGUCUCAAGGGAUAAAACACACAUGCAGUUUUAAAACAGAGCAGGGCUUUGUUGCAUUGUGAUUCUUAGACAUAUUUUACUGCUCUGAAAUUCAGUUAGCAUUAAACUGCGAGAUUUGGGGUUGUUAUAUCCUGUGUUUCUCUACCUUGAUAAAAUUUCCACUGAUAUGAGGACAGGCUGGUGUAAAGAUGUCUCUAAACUACUCAGCUUGUUUUGGUGAAGUGAAGUCAUGUAGCUUAUUUUAAGAACACUGUGAAAUACAUAAUUGUUCUCCCAGUUUUCUAAUUUUCUGAAUAAGGAGGUUAACACAUACUCUGAGCUUUUAGUGCUCUUGAAGUCUUGACCCAUUCAGGUAUUAAAAGAUUUUGUAAUUGUUGAGAUUAGGAUGGGAGUUGAGGUUCAUGUCCUGUUUUUUUGGCUUAAUUUUGGGAGGAAGUAUAUAAACAAAGGAAUAAGUAAAAAAAUUUGAGUUACUUUUUGAAAGCAUCAAAAGUCUUGGACUGGAAGCUUUGCCAUUUCUGACAUUUUUGUACAUCUAUUUCCUAGGCCAGAGAUGGUGAGCCUUUUAGAGACUGAGUGUCCAAACUGUAAUCUAGAACCUACGUAUUUAUCACAAAGUGUCAACACUGCAAUUAAACCUGAAUAUCUGAUGCUCGGCUGCUGGGGUGACUGAGGGCUAUGUGUGCCCUCUGUGGCAUGUGUGCCAUAGGUUACCACUGUCCUGGCUUUCCCUGCCUCUUUUCAUCCCUUCUCAAAAAACCUCCCCGCAACCCCAGCCCACUCACCUUCCUGUGUGUGGCACCUACACUUGCUUAUUCAGUGUGGGUAUUCCUGGUAGGCUGCAGGCUGCCAGAGGCCCAGGAAGGUUUCUGCCUCUUUAAAGCAUUGCUGCUUUCCUCACAUCUAGUGUAUGACAGCAAAUAAUGAAAAAGGUACGUUCCAUUUAGAGAGUACUGACUUUGGCUUAAAUGAUUGCUAUACUGUUUUGAUUCUUUCAUAGACUUUAUGAAUGAAGUCACUAAGAGUGAACUUUUCUUUUUACGGUGUACAAGUUUAAAUGGAGUUUAAACAAAUUUAGACCACAAGCAUAUUCUAAUCUCAUAUGGUAUUUGUAAUAAAGAGAGGUUUAGAAACUAUUAAAAAUAAGACCUUAUCCUUUUUAA